AUACUCUGAAUUAGAUGCAGUUUCGCUCAUUAAAUCAUAGCUAACCAAUUUAAAUUUAAACAUAGACUCCAUUAAUAAUACCCGAUGUUUCAGUCCAACUUUUGUCUUCAAGUUAUUUCCGCUUAAAAUUUUUUAAAACUGGUUUUUGUUACCUUUUCAAGUUUACCUUUAAAAGCUACCAUUUCCCAUUUGGUCAGUUCACCCUUUCAUUGACUCAAAUUUAGGUCUACUUUUGUCCAUUUGUUUUGUUUAUUUCAAACCAAAAAUUUACACCUUGUUCUUAACGCUUUACUUUUAUUCACCUUAUUUUUUGAAAUGGAUGGAAAUGAUAAUAAUUCCGAUAAAGUUACAAUAAGAGUUAAAAUAUCGGAUGAUGAUUACCAAGAUAUACAUUUUGAUUGGUCAAAGGUCCAUACACAUGAUGUGGAUAAAUCAAUAUUUGAACAGCUUUCAGCGUUCACAGGGAUAAAAACUGAAGCAGUGAGAUGCAUGGGUUUGAGGAAUCUCGGUCCGCAGAUGUCUACAAAUAUUUCAAACCCGAUCUUUAAUAAACCGGGGUUUCACAGGUAUCCUUAUAGUCCACACGACCGUUCAGAUCCAGAGCUAAUUUCGAUGAGGGAUGGUGAUUGCUAUCGAUUAUAUGCCUAUACAAGAUUUGACUUUGAUUUGACUUGCAUUUGCGUUAUGUAUACAUUAUUGCAUCAAGAUUUGGUUGAUGAAACUGAAUGUAACAUAAACUUUUGCCUUCAAAAAGGUAGCAGAGUCUUUUUGGAUAAAUUAGCGAAAGUUGUUAAUUCUGAUAUCGAUUCAUAUCUGAAUAAUUUACCUGAUCGUCCAAGACCUAGUGUUAUGCCAGGCAGUGAUGUCAUGUGGUAUGAUGAAGAAUGGCUGGAUAGACGUGAUUUGAAGGUACAGGAAAUAUGCAGGGAUUUGAAUAUUGGACAAUAUUUGCUAGCUUAUUGUCCUGCAAAUCUUGGUUACGAUAUACAAAGACGCUUUCCUCGUCUCUAUUGUAGGAAUCGAGGCUGAUUGACUCUGAUUGAAUGGACAAAAU